UUGAUGCUUGAUUAGCUAUUUUGCUAGAUAUCUGUAUUUUAAGGAAGUCAUGUACUGCAUAGAGGGUUGUAUGUUGUUCUUUCUUUGCAGACAGCGAUAGUAUAUCCGCACGUGAUUCUGUGGUUUGAGAUAAACCAUAUAAGCAAGUGACGAUGUAGUUGGUUGUUCAAUACGCUACACUGCCUUGACACAGAAGCAGCACUGUAACUGAAGGACUGCUCUCUUAAAUCAUCACUGAGAGGGAUGGAUGCACUAUUAACAACUCCUAUGACCACAGUAGAUGAUUAUUAUACUGAAACUAACCCCUCUGAUUUCCCAGACUAUGAAACAGGGCCGACAGGCAUGUGCGACAGAAGGUGGGUCAGGGAGUUUCGUGGGCUGUAUGAACCUCCUCUCUUCGGGAUCAUCUUCAUCCUUGGUGCUGUCGGUAACCUGAUGGUGGUUUGGAUCUACACCACUGUGCGCAACCGUCUGAAAACAAUGACCGACGUGUACCUGCUGAACCUGGCGGUGGCCGACCUCCUCUUCCUCUGCAUGCUGCCCUUCUGGGCUGUCGAUGCGAUCAAGGGCUGGGAAUGUGGCGUCAGUUUGUGCAAAAUUGUGUCUGCUGUCUACAAGAUCAACUUCUUCAGCAGCAUGUUCCUGCUCACCUGCAUUAGUGUGGACCGCUACAUUGCUAUUGUGCAAGUCACCAAAGCCCAGAACCUGAAGAGAAAGCGACUCUUCUACAGCAAACUUGCUUGCCUGGCUGUCUGGUGUGUGUCCACUCUCCUGGCCCUCCCUGAGUUCAUCUUUGCCCGGGUGAAGCCAGACCCAAGGGGGCAGUCCUUCUGCACUCUGGUCUAUUGGAACAACACAUACAACCAGACUAAGAUCCUGGUGCUGUCCCUGCAGAUCUGCAUGGGCUUCUGCCUCCCUCUACUAGUCAUGUUCUUUUGUUACUCCAUCAUCAUAAGCACCCUUCUGCAGGCCAGGAGCUUUGAAAAGCACAAGGCCUUACGCGUGAUCUUUGUCGUGGUGCUUGUGUUUGUCCUCUCCCAGCUGCCGUACAACAGUCUGCUGAUAGUGGAGGCCAUGCAGGCAGCAAACACCACCAUCACUGAAUGUGAAACAGUCAUUCGUUUUAAUGUGGCAGGACAGGUAGCUAAGAGCCUGGCAUUUACUCACGCCUGUCUCAACCCAUUCCUGUAUGUCUUCAUUGGAGUUCGGUUCAGACAAGACCUCCUGAGGAUUGUGAAGACGUGUGCCGGGGGUCUGAGCACCGGAGGGUUGAGCAAAACAAACUCGCUUCCAAAACGUCCCUCUGUCAUGUCAGACACUGAUACCACCCCUGCUCUGUCAAUAUAACUGCAAUGUUUGUUCCCCAUGCAUUACCGGCUAGAAUUGCAAUGAUAAAUGAGAGUUUAUAUUAAUUACCUUCAUAACAUUACAUCACUGUACAAACUGUAUAUUAGUGUAAAUACUUUUUUGUUUCGAUUUUUGAGUGUUUGUAUUUUUCUUUUCAUCUCAUCAUUAGUUGUGUUGUAACUGAAUAAAAAAAACUGCAUUUGAUUUGAUUGGAGGGUGCAAAAUAAAAAAUAAAAAUCUCAAGCACU